AUGCCAAAGAACAGCGAUAUAGCAAGGAAAUUAGAGGAGGUGGGAAUAGAGAUUGAUGGAGAAGUGGACAGUGCACAGGAAAACAGCACACCCAAAAACAAAGGUGGCAAAAGAACAGCAACAGAGAAACGGGGCAAAGCGGCUGCCAGCGAGGAUGGUGAGGACGAGGAUGAAGACGAUGAGCCCCUGAGGGGUCGGCGAGCAGCCAACAGGAGAAAAGUGGCCCAAAACGAGACUUUAGAGGAGGACAGUGAUGACGAUAUUCCUCCAAGGAGGUGUGCUGGGAACCGGAGGAGAGGCAAACCGGGUGGGAGCGCAGCAGAGAGUGGGGGGGGUGGCAAGCCCAACAAGAGAAACAAGAGAGGUGGCAAGAAACAGAAGGAGGACAAAGUCAAGGGCAAGCAGGAUGAGAAGAGCAAGAACAGUAGUGAGGACUCAAAGUCAGAGAGGGGUGGAGAGGAGGAGGAGUCCAUGUCAGAGGGGGAGAGGGCCCAGCUGAUGGAAGAGGUGGAGGAGAAGAAGAAGCUGAUUGCUAACAUUAGGAACAAGCCCUGGCGCAUGAAGAGGAGACUUAAACAUCUCAAGGAAGCUCAAUUGUUUGUGGAUAAGUUUGAGGGAGCUCUGGGCAAAGGGAAGGGCAGGAAGCUGUAUGCCUACAAAGUUAUGAUGAUGAAGAAAUGGAUCAAAUUUCAAAGAGAUUUUGAAAAUUUUAAGACAGCUUGCAUACCCUGGGAACGGAAAAUAAAAGAGGUUGAAAGUCACUUUGGUUCUUCUGUCGCAUCUUAUUUCAUCUUCCUUCGCUGGAUGUAUGGCAUGAACCUAGUUCUCUUCAGCUUGACCUUUGGCCUGGUUGUGAUCCCAGAGCUACUCAUGGGUCUGCCCUAUGGAUCUAUUCCUCGGAAAACGGUGCCAAGGGCAGAACAGGCCACUGCCAUGGACUAUUCUGUCCUCACGGACUUUAACGGCUACUGCAAGUAUUCUGCCCUUUUCUAUGGCUACUAUAAUAACCAGAGAACUGUCGGCUUCCUGAAGUUCCGUCUCCCUCUGUCCUACCUCAUGGUGGGCAUUGGGACCUUCGGGUAUAGCCUGAUGGUUGUGAUCCGAACGAUGGCUAAAAACGCAGAUGUGGGGGGCGGGGACGGUGAGGACAAUGAGUUUACCUUCGCCUGGAAGAUGUUCACCAGUUGGGACUAUCUCAUUGGCAACGCCGAAACAGCUGACAACAAAUAUGCCUCCAUUACAACCAGCUUUAAGGAGUCCAUAGUGGAUGAACAGGAGAACCAGAAGGAUGAGAACGUCCACUUGAGGAGAUUCCUACGUGUGCUAGCUAACCUCCUCAUCACCUGCACCCUGGGAGGCAGCGGCUACCUCAUUUACUUUGUGGUGAAACGCUCCCAAGAGUUUGCCAAUAUGGAUAAUCUAAGUUGGUAUGAGAAAAAUGAGCUGGAGAUUAUUAUGUCUCUGCUGGGUCUGGUGGGCCCAAUGCUGUUUGAGACUAUUGCUGAGUUGGAGGACUACCAUCCACGCAUCGCCCUCAAGUGGCAGCUUGGACGCAUCUUUGCCCUUUUCCUGGGCAACCUCUACACUUUCCUGCUGGCUCUGUUCGAUGAGGUCAAUGCCAAGCUGGAGGAAGAGAAAUCCAUAAAGAACGCCAGUAUCUGGUUCAUGCAGGAGUAUCACGCCAACUACACUGCCAAUAACCCCAAUGACACUGGCACACCACCCCCUAUUGACCCUUCUGAUGUCAUCCGAGGCCCAUGCUGGGAGACAACAGUGGGGAUAGAGUUUGUGAAGCUGACUAUCUCAGACAUACAGGUCACCUACCUUACCAUCCUUAUUGGAGACUUUCUGAGGGCUCUGAUUGUACGGUUCCUGAACUACUGCUGGUGUUGGGACCUGGAGGCAGGCUGGCCUUCCUAUGGUGAAUUUGACAUCAGCGGUAAUGUGCUUGGGUUGGUCUUCAAUCAAGGGAUGAUCUGGAUGGGAGCUUUUUAUGCUCCUGGCCUGGUGGGUAUCAACGUCCUUCGUCUCCUGACGUCAAUGUACUACCAGUGCUGGGCUGUCAUGGCCUGUAACGUGCCUCAUGAGCGGGUCUUCAAAGCCUCCAAAUCCAACAACUUCUACAUGGGCCUUCUUCUUCUCAUCCUCUUCCUCAGUCUACUGCCUGUGGUCUACACCAUCAUGUCUCUGCCACCAUCCUUUGACUGUGGGCCAUUUAGUGGCAAGGAGCGAAUGUUCGAUGUGAUUACUGAGACCAUCGAUCUGGACCUGCCUGCAUUUAUGGGGACGCUCUUCAGCUAUGCAGCCAACCCUGGCCUCAUCAUCCCUGCCAUUCUUCUCAUGGUUUUGGCUAUCUACUAUCUGAACGCAGUGUCUGAGGGGUAUAAGAAUGCCAACAUGGAGCUGAAGAAGAAGAUGCAGAUGGCAAGAGACGAAGAGAAAAACAGGCGAAAUAAUAAAGACAGCACCAAUCAGGUACUGAAGGAUUUAGAGGACUUGCUACCAAAUCGCUCAAAUUUGCCUCAGAAGCCUGAGGAAAGGAAAGCUCCUAAAGUGAAGCCGGGUGCUGCUGGCAAAGGCAUAAAUGUGCAGAAAGACGUGUCACUGGCGUUAGCCAAUCCGAACACUCGAGGGCUCAUGACCCAGGCCCCGGGCCCCAAGCCAGUAGGUUGUCUGCCUGGUAAUGCAGGCCCGGGCCAUAAGGGAGCUGCGCCACCCCCCAGCCACUAGCU